AAGGUUUUCCUUUAUUUAAAAAAAAAAACAGCUUCACACAGUACCAGAGGAUGCUAGGGACACUGGCCCAAUGUGAAUUCUCCCUGGGGAAGACUCUGAUGGUCUAUGAUAUGAAUCUGAGGGAAAUGGAGAAUUAUGGCACAAUCUACUCCAAUAUAGAACAAAAUAUAACUUCAGCACAUGAGAAGAUAGCAGAAUGCAAAAAGGAAAUCCAGAGAGCGAAGAGAGUAAGAAAGAACCGCCAAGAAUACGAUGCUCUUGCAAAGGUUAUUCAGAAUCACCCUAAUCGUCACGAAACACUCAAGCAGUUGGAGGCACUUGACAAAGAACUCCAGCAGUUGUCGAACAUCAAGGAGAAUGUGGACGCUAAGUUGGAGCUACGGAAGAAACAGUUCCAUGUGCUACUCAGCACCAUACAAGAACUACAGCAGACCCUUGAAAAUGAUGAGAAAUUAGACACGGAUGAAAACAAUCAGCAAAGUCCGUCUGGGAGCGCCGAAUGAUGAACUCCGUUCUUUUGUUUCGAAUGAAGUGAACCAAUUUUGUUUGCAACAUCUUCUGUAUUUUUUUUUUUU